CAGAAGGACGAAUGACACCGGCUCACCUCAUGAUUUCAUCCUGCUAAAAGCUCUUGCGAGACACUACAGUUUCUUCAUGGCGUCUCCACAACAGUCAAGAAUCCAGUCGUAUCUUGAGAAGAAUAAAAUCGGACCCUUGUUUGAGGAGUUGAUGACCAAAUUGAUAACUGAGACUCCAGACCAUCCAAUCCCUUUUCUCAUUGAUCACCUGCAGACCAAGCAAGACAGCCCUGGCAAACUGCACAGAGCUCUCUCAGGCUCGGCAGCUCUGUGGGCGCAAAGCUCCCCAGAGAGCAAAAACACUCGAAGGGAGCACAGCAACUAUGAGAAGCCAUGGCAAAUUCAUCCAAAGAAACCGAAGAAAUCCAAAAGCGACCUGGCUGUUUCGAGCAUCUCUCCACCAUCGCCAGAAUCCAAGUCCUUGCCACGGUCCGUCGAGUACCCCGCCUGGGACUGGAGGGAGAGCCGGGACUUUGAUGAGCUCAAUCACAUUUUGCAGGAGAGCAAGAAGCUGGGCAAGGCCCUGGAGAGCCUGUCCCGCAGCAUCGCCAUUUCUGAUGAGCUUGACCAGAACUUAGGAGGCUAUAACUCAGUGUUGCGUCCUCGGGUGGUGGGGGAGUGGGUUGGUCGUGAGGAGGAGGAUGCGGACCCUCUGGCUGCUGAGAUGCUGCACCCUCCUGUCCCCCGGGCCAAAACUGAAGUUUGUUGGAGUGGAGACAGCAGUCCUGCAGGGAGCCUGAAGAUGGAAACAAAGAGCAAAGGGCUAAAGGAGCAGCAGCAGCAUCACAAAAAGCUCCUGGCUGCCAUGUUGUCCCAGGACUCCUUUGAUUCAGUCCACAGCCCUGCCCCCUCUGUCGCAGAGGAAGAGAUGGAGGACGAGGACGAUGCCAUGGAGCUUCUGGAGGACCUGGAUGACCUGCGGAUGGAGGGUGUGAUGGGUUUGGCUCCAUCCGGCAGUAAGUUCAGCCAGGGACGCAGCUCCUAUCAGCCUGAACCUCAGGCCAAAGUCACGCUCAACAUCUGCUCUAGGUGUGCCAGGUUGCAGGGGGACACUCUAUCAGACAACAGAUCUGAAGAAGAGCACAGGCCGCACAUAUCUGAACAAGCUGUACCUGACAUCUCGUCUCCAUUGCCCGGGGUGGACACAACGGCGGGACGGUUGCAGGAAUGCCAGCCCGUGUCUCAAAUGUCAGGCUCUCGUCAGGCUGUCUGGGAGACUGAUCUGAAGGCUGUGAGAGGUGGGAGCUCUGUCGGGCAGACGGGCCUGCUACUGGGCGACUCCCUCUUUUCUAAAGAGCUGGAGAACAUGGGCAAACAGCUUGCUGAGGUUGAGAAGGAUCUGGCAAAGCUGGCAGAAGUAGGAAAGAUGACCACUCGGAGCACCAAUAAUCCGCACAGUAGUCUGCUCCACACCCCCCUGCGUCACAGAACACUACCUGACACACUUCCUCUGCCCAGCCUUGUGUCCAGGCCUCAGUCUCCAGCUGGCAGCCUCUCGGGCAAGCCUUGUGGUGUGGGCCUCCCCCUGCUCAGCCCAAAGUCCACCUCCCUAGUCAUGGGUCGGACUCAAUCUCCCAGCAACCCUGGUAGCAGGACUCAAACCCCCAGAACCCCCAGUAGGCCCCUAACCCCAAAUAGUUUACUGACACGCUCCACCUUUAAUCCUGGAGCUCAUAAAGAGGUGACCUUCAGGAGGUCGCGGAGCCGCCCUGUGACGCCCACAAGUCAGCCCACACAUCCCCGGCCACUGCUCACCCCUCCUGGACUUAGCACUACAGACAGCCUCGGAGCUAGUCUACGAGCCUACCUGUCUGAGGAUGAGUUUUACCAGCAGUUACAGGCUAUCAGACAGCCUUGGCAUAUUCCCAGUGACACAGACAGUGACAUCCUGGAGCCUCCUGAGCAGGACAAGAGUAAGUGACCUACCUUCUUCUUCCUUCCUUCUCUCUUUUGUUUCUUUUUGA